UCUCCACUCCUUCACUUACGCCCUUCCUUCCUGUUCGUCGCAAUAAUGUUUUCGACAACAAGGUCUGCGGCCUCAAUGGCUCUACGAGCCAAACCCGCGACGGCACUGAUGCCAUUCCGCGCCGGAAGCGCUGCUUUCCUCUCCUCGAGCUCUUCGGACAGGGCUACGACUAUGAAAACGCCCGCAACUAUCCCCGGCAACCCUGGGACGCCACCCCCGAUGAAGUCCGCGCGAGUAGAGGUGCCAUUGCCGAGUCAGGAGGGAAAGAAGGGGGCUAUGCAAUACGCAUUGACGACACUCGACCAAGUAGCCAACUGGGCCCGUCAGAGUUCCCUAUGGCCCAUGACUUUCGGUCUCGCAUGCUGCGCCGUCGAGAUGAUGCACUUGUCCACCCCACGAUACGAUCAGGAUCGUCUCGGUAUCAUUUUCCGUGCCUCGCCCCGACAGUCCGAUGUCAUGAUCGUAGCUGGAACCCUCACAAACAAGAUGGCGCCCGCGCUGCGACAGGUCUACGACCAGAUGCCUGACCCCCGGUGGGUUAUUUCCAUGGGCAGCUGCGCAAACGGAGGAGGAUACUACCACUACAGCUACUCGGUCACAAGAGGAUGUGACAGGAUUGUACCAGUAGACAUCUACGUGCCUGGAUGCCCUCCCACUGCCGAGGCGCUCAUGUACGGAAUCUUCCAGCUGCAGAAGAAGAUGAGGCAUACCAAGAUCACCAGGAUGUGGUACAGGAAGUAGAGGGUAUGGGUUUGUGUGGUCUAUUUUGAUGGUCGUUUUAUCUGCGAGUUUGAGGGAGCAGAUUCCUCUUGUACAAAUCGAUCUUCUAUAUGCAUAGUCUAUAUCAAGUCUAAGGUGUCAUGGUGGUGUUACGCCGUUUUGCCAAGUCCAAACAUCUUGACCGAAUUCUUCCAAG